AUGGCGACGCUGACGGCCUCUCCACCGACCAUGUCUCCUCCUCUCAACUCCUCAAACAACCAGGACGCACCUUCAUUACCGCCCUUGAUAACGAGCUCGCCAGCACCACGCCGCGCGCCCUCAAACCAGCGUCCAACUUCGUUCGCAAAUCACAGGAUGUCAUCCUACUCUUCGACAUCACGAGCCUCCCACCCAGCCGCUUCCCGACCUGUAUCCUACGUGUUUCCCGCCUUCCACUCGAGUCUAUCCUAUACAUUUGUCCGCGACUUCGCUUACCCAACUACACAUCCAAUACAUUAUGGACCGCCACCCAACCAAUCAGGUGUCACCACACCGGCCAGUGAGACUAGGAGGCUCUCGGACCCAGUGGUAGGACAAUGGGAAGAUUCGCGGUAUACAUGGUCAGCGACACCGCCAUGGAUGUCUGAAGUCAACGACUCAGGCAAGAAAGAGAGACUGCCAGCAAUGAGCUUUUCAGAUGGCGGCCCACCAUACAGUGAAGACGAAGAUCUACAUUCACCAAUCGUCACAUCCUCCCGACACAAGAAGAGCCGAUCACAGGCCGGCUUUCAGCGAGGUCGCUCGCCAGGCGAUGCGGACGGGAGAUACUUAGACCCGGAAGACGACGAGGGCGAGCCAGGCGGCGUCAUAGAAGAGUAUCCCGACCGACGACAACCACCAGAACACCGAGAUUCAAACUUCGCCAAACCAAUACAACGGCAAAAAUCACCAUACAAAGAACGCUCAGAACAGCUCUCGGAAGAGGGCUCAGAUAUAGACGAAGGCGACGGCCGCUUCUCCAAGGACUAUUCCUUCACAAUUGCCAGCCCGGACGAGGAAAUGCACGGCAAAGCAGUAGCAUUAUUCGACUUUACCCGAGAACACGAAAACGAAUUGCCCCUAAGAGAAGGCCAAAUCAUCCUAGUCUCAUACCGGCACGGCCAAGGCUGGCUCGUGGCUGAAGAUCCUCGAACAGGGGAAAGUGGGCUCGUACCCGAAGAAUUCGUGCGACUUGUCCGGGACAUCGAGGGCGGACUGAACGGCCUCAGCGCAGUCGGUCUCGAUGCAGACGGGGCAGAGAUGCUCAGUCCCAUUUCACGAAACGAGCCAUCGUCAGCUACACCCACACCAGCACAGCAGGAGUUCAGUCAGAGCGCACCAAAAACGGCAGUGUCGGAGGCGGCACAGCAGCAUGUUUCGAAGCCCAGCGGCGAGAAGCACCCGCCUGUGCAAAGCACAUUCUCCAUCAGCUCGAGGGAUGUCAGUCAGCCGAGGAGUGGCUCGGAUUCGAGGGAGUCGGGCAAGUCGUGA